CUUCGUGUUCGCACGAGCUUCCAAUUCUGCUCUUCAGUCGCGAAACUCAGCAUUUAGCGAUUUAUAAUACUGCUUUAUCUCUCUGUUUUUUCGGUGUGAAAACAGCCGUGAAGUGCCUUUGAGUGUGAAGUGUGAGUGCGCGGAAAAGUGUGGGUUUCCACGAGCAGUUGUAAAGCAAUUUUGGCAGUGAUCAUAAUCCGCCUGAGGCACCAGUGAAGAUCCCGAUGCCGCCGCAGAACACGCUGGAACUGGCGGAGAAUGGCGCCAAUGAGAAGGACACGAACGGCGCCCUCGUGACGAACGGAAAGGAGCACCUGAAGGAGUCCGAGGAUGUGCAGGAAGUGGCCACGGCGCCUGUGGUUGUGCCGCCAGACGGCGGCUGGGGCUGGGUGGUCAUGAUGGCCUCCUUCUGCUGCAACAUCAUCGUGGACGGCAUCAUCUUCAGUGCUGGCGCUCUCCUGCAGCCCGUCAAGACGGAAUUCGGGGUGACGGAUGCCGAAGUGGCUCUGGUGACGUCCCUCCUCAGCGGCUUCUACCUCAUGGCCGGACCCUUCGUCAGCGCCCUGGCCAACCGCUGGGGCUUCCGGCCGGUCACAAUGAUGGGCGCCACGAUAGCCGCCGUCGGCUUCAGCACAUCAUACUUUGCUGGCAACAUUGUCCACUUGUACAUCACUUACGGAAUCAUUGGGGGGAUUGGCUUCUGCCUCAUUUACAUGCCAUCGGUGAUAACUGUGGGCUAUUACUUUGAGCGCUGGCGCGCCCUGGCCACCGGCAUCUCCCUCUGCGGCUCCGGCAUUGGCACAUUCAUCUUCGCCCCACUCUCGGAUUACCUCAUCACCAACCAGGGCUGGCGCAUAACUCUGGUCAUCCAGGGCGCCAUAAUACUCCUCUGUGUCCUCUUCGCCAUCUGCUUCCGCCCCAUCAAACCCAUCCAGGUGCCCAUCGACCAGGUGGCUGCGGCGGAGAAGGAGAAACUCCAGGAAGACGCUCUCGAGAAGCGCCUGGCGCACUCCGUGCCCGGCAGCGUCAACAACACCUGGAUGGGCUCCAAUCACAACACCCACUAUCCCACAGCCUCGGAAGUUUUCCGCGGCAGCGGUCAGGACUUGAACGGCAAGCGCGCGUCCGAGGACAGAGAAACCCAGACGCCACUUAUGCCGGCCGCCCUGGAGCUGCGCCCUGUUGGCGAGACGGACGAGGCCGAUGAGAAUGGCGCCCUGCUUGAUGGCGAGACGAAGCCCGUGAUUGUACCCAUGAGACGCCACACAGUCACCGAACGGGAGCCAGUAAGCCGUCGCGUGUCCACCACAUCCAAUCCCCGGCCACUCUACCGAGAUGACAUCUUCUUCAGCGGCUCUGUACAGAGACUGCCUCAGUACCAGUCGCAGACCUCCUUGGGCUACCACAUGUCCGUCACGCGACUGCCCACGCAGCAGGAUGUGCGCGAGGAGAAAGAGCCCUCCUGCCGCCUCUGCCCGCAAGUGGUCACCCGGACUUUGGCCACAAUGUUGGACAUCUCCCUGCUCAAAUCUCCGACUUUCAUGCUGCUCGCCUUGAGUGGCUUCCUCACGAUGAUGGGCUUCUUCAUCCCCUUCAUGUACCUCGUGGCGCGCGCAGUGGCGCAAGGGAUGGACAAGCAGGUGGCAGUCUUUGUGGUGUCCUCCAUUGGCAUCUCCAACACUGUGGCCAGGAUUGGCUGUGGCCUCAUCAGCUCAAUCAAGGGCGUCAGUCCGCUGCAUGUGAACAACAUCGCAAUCACUCUCGGCGGCGUGGCCACGAUCUUCAGCGGCUACUCCAUGAGCGAAGCCUUCCAGUUCACCUACGCCGCCGUUUUCGGCAUCGCCAUAGCCUGCUUCUCAGCCCUGCGGUCAAUCAUCGUCGUGGAUUUGAUGGGACUUGAGAAACUGACGAACGCCUUCGGCAUUCUGAUGCUCUUCCAGGGCAUCGCGGCCGCUAUCGGAUCUCCAAUUGCCGGUGCAUUCAUGAGCUUGACUAACAGCCACGAUGCCGCCUUCUGGCUCUCCGGCAUCCUGAUGACCAUCUCAGCCCUGAUAAUUAUUCCCCUGAAUCUGGUAAAGCGCUGGGAGGACAAUCGCAAGCCAUCGUCGAAUUCGUCAGCCUGAAGAGACCACCAAUUUACUGACGCGCCGCAUAAGAAUUUAGCCCCACUAUUCUGUGAUAUCAGCAUGAAAAUUUAUCAAAUGGAUUUGUUGAUAUUUUAGUGAGAUAUUGUAGAGACAGCACAAGAGCACCGUCAUAGAGCGAUAGUGAUUGUAAAUAUGUUGAUUAUUCAUAUCCUGUGUAAAUUAAUUGCUAUUAUUGAUGAUUUUACAAGAGAGAAGACAAGAAUAGGAUUACAUUUGUUAGAAUUUAUAUAACGUGAGGAAAGACUUUUGUAGUGAAAAUGUGCCUUUUUAUUCUACCACUAUUUACACGUGAAGGCAUUUACAGCCGGAUGUCUUGCAGGACAAUCGAGAGCUGAGCCAUUAUUUCACAUCGAUGUAGAGGAAAAAAAUUGCUAAUAAGCGUGUAAAUAUCAGAGAGUAAUUUACUUCUUUAUACAAUGCAUGAUGUACUCUCAAUUAGUUGACAUUUAGAUGAGGGGACAAUGUUUUUUUAUUUGUUAACUACUCAAUAUAUAGUUGAAUAAACAUUGUUAGAAAAUUUUCA